GAUUGCAAUUUUAAUCAAGGUUGUCGCAUAAAGAUCCUUAUCAGUAUAUUCGCGGUUAUUUGAUAUCAAAUAUGUGAGCAGACUGCACUAUUCAAACACAGUUACAGUAAUAAUAGAAAAUGGACAAUUAUGCAAUUUUUGGAUUGGUUCUUGGUUGUAUGUCUGCAAUACUAGACCUGUUGGGGCUUGCUAUUCCGUACUGGAAUUAUGUUGACGCCGGCUUUAUAAGCGUUAACAAGGGACUUUGGGUAGCUUGCAUCGGAAUCGUCGGAUGUGGUCCCAUCCCGGACGUUCCCGGCGAGUUGGUAGCAGUGCGCGCACUGAUGGUUUUCAGUCUACUCCUGAUGAUUGCCGCUGUCGUCUGCUUCCUGCUGCAGAAGUUCAUGAUGAAGGACAAGGUUAUCCUUACCAAGGUCGCCGCCUUUGUUGCCGUUUCGGCUGGCAUUCUAAUGGAGUUCGGAACGGUGCUAUACGCUUUCAGCCCCAAAGUCAAAUUUUAUACGACAGCACCUUAA